CCGUUAGUGAGAGCUGACGUCCGCCAUUUUGUUUUGGUUUGUGUCUCAUCUUGCGUUUUUCAAAUCCUCCAAACUGACGCGAUUUUUACCGAUUUGUAGGAGUCUUGGAGACCGCUUCUACCAUAGACCUUCAGAGAUGGCGGAGUUCUCAUUUGUGCCUUCCGUUAAAGAGCUUCAUGCGGAACUAACUGCGAACGAGACGCACAUCAAAGAGGAGCCGACAGGAGACGCUGGAUGGCAGCAGGAUGGACAAGAGAACGUGCUGCGGCAGGAAACGUAUAGUGAGGACCAGGAAACAUACGACUACUUUGGCUCAAGCCAACCAACCGAACAUCCUUGGGACGGGACUUACAACAGUUGGGAGCAGAAAACAGACACGGGUCGGCAGCAGGACAAGGAAAGGGACGUUCCAAACGACGAAACUUGCGGUGUAAAAACGGAAAUGGAAGAGUUCAGCUGUGAGCUUUCUUCUGCAGAACUGGGUGCUGGGCAUCCUGGGAAGGAGAUGGACUGUACAGAACACCCUGGGAAGGAGAGUGACAGCAAGGAGACCCAGACAACAGACAUGGGCCUGCAGCAGGAAACGUGUGAUGUGAACUUUCCCCAACCUGACAACACAUAAACCUCACAGGUACAGGAGAGCAGAGGCUAUACGGGAAGGCAUGUGGUUAAACACACGGGUAAGAAACCUUACAUCUGUGGGGAGUGUGGGUACAGGACAGAAAGAAAGUCUAACUUAUCCCAACAUACUAGGACCCAUACAGGAGAAAAACCCUACAAGUGUGAUCAGUGUGACUAUUCUGCUGCACGGAAGUCGUCUUUGGAUAAACAUCUACAAAUACACAGUGGUGAGAAACCCUACAUGUGUGGGGAGUGUGGGUACAGGACAUCUCAAAAGUCUUACUUAUCCAGACACAUGAGAACCCACACAGGAGGGAAACCUUACAAGUGUGAUCAGUGUGACUAUUCUGCAGCACAAAAACCCCACUUGGAUCGACACCUAAGAAAACACAGUGGUGAGAAACCCUACAUGUGUGGGGAGUGUGGGUACAGGACAUCUCUAAAAUCUCUCUUAUCCAAACACAUGAGAACCCACACAGGAGAGAAAUCUUACAAGUGUGACCAGUGUGACUAUUUUGCAGCACGGAAAUCCAAUUUGGACCGACAUCUAAGAACACAUACUGGUGAGAAACCCUACAUGUGUGGCGAAUGUGGGUACAGGGCAGCUCAAAUGUCUGACUUGUCCAAACACAUGAGAACCCACACAGGAGAAAAACCCUACAAGUGUGACCAGUGUGACUAUUCUGCUGCAGACCAAUCAUGGUUGGUCAAACAUAAAAGAAAACACACCGGUGAGAAACCCUACAUGUGUGACGAGUGUGGGUACAGGUCGGAUAGAAAGCCCACCUUAGCCCAACACAUCAGAACUCACACAGGAGAAAAACCCUACAAGUGCGAUCAGUGCGACUAUUCGGCAGCAGUGAAACAUCAUCUGAUCGACCAUCAAACAAGACAUUCCGGUGAGAAACCCUACAUGUGUGGGGAGUGUGGGUACAGAGCGGCUCAAAGAGCUACCUUAUCCAAUCACAUGAAAACCCAUACACUAUGGAGAAAAACGCCACAAGUGUGACCAGAGUGACUAUGCUGUUACAAAUAAAUCCUCCUUAAACCGACAUGUGAGAAAGCACAGUAAACAGACCUAGACUUGAGGAGUGUGUGGGAACAAGUCACCUCAAAUGUCUUAAACCUACUAUAUAAGAACCCACAGAGGAGAAAAAAAGACAUAAGUGUUAUCACUCAAACUACUUUGCAGGGAGGAAAAUUUCAUAUUUCUACUUUUCAUAUACCAAAGAAAUAAGAAACAAACUAAAUCCACAAGUGUGACAAAUUUACAGCGUACCCACUUACAGAUUUACCAACCUAAAUAGUGUGACAAAUGUACAGCAAACAGCUUUACCAACCUGCACAAUUCCUUGACCUCCAGGUCAUGGGGAGGGGGAUCUUUUUUUUUUAAGUAAGAGCUCAUACAUUCGACAGAUAUAGAAGUUUACUUUGAACUGCAGCUAGGUGUCGCUGCUAACAAUGCAGUCCCAAACGUAAAAUACAGACACAUACAUAGAUAUAGUUACACCUAAAACUCUAUAGAUGUAUGUACAAUAGAUAGUCACACCUAAAACUCUAUAGAUGUAGGUUUUUGUACCUAAGAUAGUAGUCAUGAUAGAUGUGCUCCUUUCUUUUGUGUUCGCCGCUUAUUUGUUAGUAACAUUUAUGUAAGAAAGCCUUUU